ACGGUAUGGUUUUAAAAUUAUGCGUCUACAACACACGUUCAUGAUGUCAGCUGUAAAAUUCAUCGUGUUUGUUUUUCUCAUUGUUAGCGUUUGGCAAACAUCUUGUUCAAAACUGAGAUUGGGAUCGACAUGUAAAAGUAAAAAAGUAGUGAUUUUGCGUGGACGGUACGGAAAUUUAGUGGUUUGUCAUCAAAAUGUCGUGAAACGAUUUUAUAGAAGAGCAUUAAUCCGCAACAAGCCGUGCCCGAAAACUGGAAUAUUCCCAAGUAAAGAAUCGUCGACGGAGUUUUUGUACUGCACGAGAAAUGGAAACAGAAUUGGAUACUCAACAAAUGCACCACCACUCACGCACACGCGCACUCAUCUUGCAGCGUUUCACUGGAUUUACGAUUACGAUUGGGAGUGGUACUAAGUUACUCAAAACAACAUAAUGUUAGUUCUUGUUUUAUAUGAUUUGUAUACUUGUUUUGUAAAAUAUUAAACACGUACAAGGAAUAAAAACAAAGAAGAUAUUAUUAUACUUGAUUCUCAA